AUGGCUCCACGUCCAACCUUCAUUGACCUGAGCUCCAAGUCUCACGAAUCAAUGCACAACGGUAUCCCAGUCCAUACAUCUGGAACAUUAUCUCCAAGGAUGCAGCACUUCGCGGGCGACAUACCCCCGGCAAUGUCCCCGCUGGACAUGUUUGCUAUGCAAAGCCGACUUCUGGCGAAACAAUUGGACGACAGUAAGAGAAAUGGCAGGCGAGUCAGCAGGCUACCUCCACUCACAACUGGUGAUCCGAUCACGAAGCAAAACUCCAUGUAUAACAGGUCAAGGUCCGCCGAAAUACAGAAUGUGUUACCAGGGUCACCUCCAAGAGCUAGGGAUGAAGAUCCAUCUGGAACAAUGCCAGAGGUGGAGGAUCCAGAUUUUCGACCCAAAUCCUUCUACCCUCGAAUGAGUAAUAUACCACUAGUUGAGGGUGAACCAGAGUACCAUGAAGGUCCUACGCCAGACCCACCUUUCCUUACACCUGCGGAGUUCAGCCCAGUGCGGACGAAUGACUAUUUUGGCGUGCCGAGAGCAAAGUCACCAGAACCGACAUUUCCACUAGGAAGGAGCGCUGAGGCGGUGGACCGAAACCCCUUCGCCUACCCGCCAGGGAACCCCGAGUCCUCCAACCAUCAUGGGCCACAACGUGAGACGUCUAUCGCCUCUACGUCCUCUCGAGGAUACAAUGGCUCGUUAGCACCACCAAAAUCACCUCAUGUACGUUAUGCGGGAAGCACUAGGUCGAUUCCCCAAGACAGUUCGGAUGAUGAGCACAGUGCUUCUACUGGCCGGUCUGGAUUUUCCCAACACAGGAAGGACUCUUCAAGCAGUGGCUUCUCGGUGCCUCACUCCCCGUUUUCUCCUUUCACACAAGCUCACGGUCGGUCACCGUCUCUAAACUCUGAAUACUCCAUUGGCGGCUCACGCCAGGUUCGACCGACUUUCAAUUUCUCGAGGCCGCUCAGCAGAGCCAGCCGACCAUCAACCGACAUCCCAUCCCGGCAACCCUCUUUCGACAGCCGGCCGUCGAUGGAUGCAGUACGACCUCCUUUCAGCUCGGCAUCCCGUCAGCCAUCUUUUGAUAGCCAGCGUUUUCUCUUCGUGGAUGAUAGUGUGCAAACGCCUGGGAGCAUGGACAACGAGCAAAUCCCGGACCCACAGAAUCCACUAGAUGCACCAGCCCCCUCCUACAUCUAUGCCAAAUACUCCCUGCCCCGUGGCAGGAUGCUGCAGCGAGACUUCAAGGUCCUUCAGGAUGAAAAGCUGGUGUUCGAGUGGGACCGACCUCAAGCACCAAUAAACCUUCGCCCUACCACACCCCUCGCGAACAGACCCAUGACGCCUACCCGGUCGCCAAAACCUAGCCUGGAGCUUCACAGAUCUUCACCACGCCGUUCAUUCGAUCAGCGACCCCAAUUCUUCGCACGCCCUUCUCACGAGCAGAUUCCAAGAGGCUCACCACGGCCCUCCUUUGAGCAGGUUGCGAGAGGCUCACCAAGGCCUUCCGUUGAGCAGGCUUCUAGUGGAUCUGCUCUUCCUUCUACCGACCAGAGAUCAAACGGUUCACCUGAGCAGAAUCAUAGGCCACCUCCAACUCCGGUCCAGAGCGACGCUCAGUCGGAAUACUCAGCCUCUACUCGGUCAGGAAGCACCAUCAAAGCACGCCCUCGUGCUCCAGCUCUGUCUACCGAGCUAAGCCCAGAAGAUCAUCUAGCAAAGGGCAUUGAGCUACACGAGCGUGGGGCCGCCCGAGAGUCUACCUACCACCUUCGCAUUGCAGCGAGGCAGAAUCUUCCAACCGCUAUGCUGUUGUACGCACUGGCCUGUCGCCACGGAUGGGGCAUGCGUCCCAACCAGCAAGAAGGCGUGCAAUGGCUCCGUAAGGCCGCAGACUGUGCCAGCAUAGAAGUUGCAGUUGAUGAAGACAAGAACGGGAAUCCAGCCGAUAUGACAGAGCGGAAGACCAGGCGUGCACAGUUCGCAUUGAGUAUAUACGAGCUCGGAGUCAGUCACAUGAACGGCUGGGGCAUCGAACAAGACAAAACACUCGGAUUACGAUGUUUUGAGAUCGCAGGCAACUGGGGUGACGCAGAUGCGAUGGCGGAGGCUGGAUUCUGCUACGCGCAGGGCCAGGGUUGUAAGAAAGACUUGAAGAAGGCAGCUCAUUACUAUAGGAUGGCGGAGGCGAAGGGCAUGAGUAUGGUUGGCAAUAGCUGGAUCUAUAAACCCAAAUAUGCAGACGAAAGCGACAAGAACGAACGCCAGGGGCGAGGUGUGAAACAGACUACGCCGGAGAAAAAACCACGAGACAAGUCAAGGACGAGGACCAUCUUUGGACGCAAGAAAUCGGUUUCUAUCAAGCCUUGA